GUUGGCCUCUACUCACAGCUUUUAAUAUUGAAGACUUCAGCAUACGCCUGGAUCUACUACUUUUUCAGAAAACUUCAGUAUCGAACAAUAAAUUUCCCGCUGUGAUCUUGUUAUAGUAUAGAAGCUUUUGAAUUCUCCAAAGCUAAACAAGAUUUUCUCCCAUUUUCCCAUGAAGCCACAUUGUUGCUUAUUCACUUUAGUGGUAAGUGUUAUUGUGCCAGCUGCUUUUGUUUCAGCAGAUAUAGACGUCAAGCAGAUGGCCCCGUUGGGAGCAAAUCAAAAUUCUUCCAAUGCAUCGUUUCCCCCAAGCUUUGAACUCUCAGCAGGUUCACCCUUGGAUGAUGGCGUCAUCAUAGCCAAAGAGGGAGCUAGUGUUUCAAUCGAGUGUCUUCUCACAGUCAGCCACCAUGAAGAUGUCCAUUGGUACAACUCAAGAGGACAGCAACUGGAUGACAGAGGCAGAGGUGGAAAAUGGUUGGUUUCUGAUAACUUCCUGAAUAUCACCAGCGUAGCCUUUGAUGACCGUGGGCUCUAUACAUGUUUCGUCACCUCUCCAAUUCGUGCCUCCUACUCUGUCACCCUACGCGUUAUCUUCACCUCGGGAGACAUGAGUGUCUACUACAUGAUUGUUUGCCUGAUUGCCUUUACAAUCACCCUCAUCUUGAAUGUCACACGCCUGUGCAUGAUGAGUAGCCAUCUUCGCAAGACUGAGAAGGCCAUCAAUGAAUUCUUCAGAACUGAAGGGGCUGAGAAACUUCAGAAAGCCUUUGAGAUUGCAAAACGUAUCCCCAUCAUCACCUCAGCCAAGACUCUGGAGCUUGCCAAAGUCACACAAUUUAAGACUAUGGAGUUUGCUCGUUACAUCGAAGAACUGGCAAGAAGUGUCCCUCUGCCACCUCUUAUUCUGAACUGCCGGGCCUUUGUUGAGGAGAUGUUUGAAGCUGUACGAGUAGAUGACCCUGAUGACAUGGGAGAAAGAAUUAAAGAGAGACCUGCUUUGGAUGCUCAAGGUGGCAUCUAUGUGAUUAACCCAGAGAUGGGACGGAGUAAUUCACCAGGAGGAGAUUCGGAUGAUGGUUCUCUGAAUGAGCAAGGCCAGGAGAUAGCGGUUCAGGUCUCUGUCCACCUUCAGUCAGAGACCAAAAGUAUCGAUACUGAUUCUCAAGACAGCAGUCAUUUCAGCCCGUCCGACGAUGUGGUAUCUGCUGAAUCUAAUUCUAACUGCAAAGAUGGAGCAUGUGAAAACUGCCUGAUGUGAGCAAUGCCAGUACCAACAAAAAAAAAGUCUUAGAGAAGGAAUUUAUUUCUAGGAGGAAAUAACCUUUUUUUUACCAACAGAUGACUGGGGUUUUCCCCUUGUUAAUAGGACAUCAGAACAUGAAUUGCCAAAAUCAUUGUAAAAAUGCAGCGUUUUUCCUAUCUGAUAGUCAUUUUCCCCAAGCCUGAGUAAAUGAUAUGCAUUAAGGUUUAAAGGAGCCUGAGAGAGAAGCAUGUUGGGAAAAGUACUAAACUAAGAGUCCUGUGACUUCUUUUCUAGUCAUGAUUCUGUAAUUGGUUAGGUCUGACAGUU